AUGGCUGACUCUGAGGGCCAGUACGGCUUCCCAGACGAGGGCGCAGAUGAUGACCAGUCCAUUAUCUCGACCCGCGGUCUCGAGGCCUUCAGUCGCAAGGUCACCACUACUGCGAGCCACUUGAUGGGCCCCCAAUCCACUGAUCCUACUUCAAACCCGUACCAUAGCGCAAUGUCAGAAGUGCACAAGCAGCUCAAGCGACCGGGCGUCCAGCGUAGUGUCUUCUCCGUCGCCCGCACGACGCCGACCGAUUUGGUGCGCUCCAAGCUAUCAACCACCGAGAUCCAGCACCGAGCCCUGACCUACCUCCCUGACGAGCUUCUGACAAACAUCCCGGACCAUCAAAACUCAUACUCCCUGUUCCAGGGCUUCAAGGCCACAUUCCCCGAGCUGACGGAUGAGGGAAAGAAGCAUCGGCGCCGGGCUUCUAGGGGAAGAAAACUGAUGCUGGAAGAUGCUCAGUCUGCCCCGGGAAGCAUAAAACGGCUGCAACAGCUGAAAAAGGACAAGGCCGCCAUGCUGCACGAGUUCCAGCUCUUCGGUAUCCGGAAAAGUAUGGCUAGCAGCGAAAUUCGGGAAAUCGAUAACAAAAUCGCCAAUCUCCACGGGAUGAGAAGAAUUAUUCUGGACAGGUUAGCUUCGCUGGAGCAGGAGGAGGCUUUGCUAGAGCAUGAGAGUAAGUACCGGCACUCUAAGCCCCACGUUAUGCAAGCCGUUAUGCUCACUAGCCUCGUAGUCGUUGAAAUCGAAGGCCGACUUGAGGAAGCGCAAGUCUUGGCUGAUGAAGCGGAGGAAAUCGCUCGAAACAUGGCUACUCAGGAUGAGAAAGACUUGGUGAUAGAUGCCGAGGACCACGAAUUCAUGUCACAAUCAGUCUACGAAAAGAUACCAGGAUCAUCGGACAACGGACCCCGCAAAGCGAAGAAGGUACACCGCAAAAUAUCAAUGCCUAUUCUUCACGAGCACUUUGAAGCAGGAUCAAACAUUCGCGAAAUUCGGGCACACCAGGAUAGCAUCACCGCCCUUGACUUCGACGCUCCCUUUGGAACUAUGGCAACAGCAGCAUUGGACGACACAGUACGGGUCUGGGAUCUGAACGCCGGCAGGUGUAUGGGUCAUUUACAAGGUCAUACGGCUUCAGUACGGGCACUGCAGAUUGAGGAUAAUAUCCUAGCGACUGGUUCGAUGGAUGCUACAAUUAAACUCUGGGACCUAAGCCGAAGCAGAUACGAUCCGCAUGGAGGUCUCGGCAAGGACGACGCGGAAGAGGAUGCCAUUGCAUGGGAAAACCCCGACGAUCAACCCGUAGAUCCCCCCGAAGGAAGCAUGGAUAACUGUGAACUUUAUACCUUGAGGGCACAUGUGGACGAGAUCACGGCGCUUCACUUUAGAGGCGACGUCAUGGUUUCCGGCUCAGCAGACAAGACGAUUCGGCAUUGGGAUCUGGAGAAGGGCCGGUGCGUGCAGACUCUUGACGUGAUGUGGGCUGCCGCCCAAGCUUCAGCGACCAUCGGCAGCGGAGAUAAUACAUGGAGACCGACUGGGCGCUCAUCCACAAGAUCGGCGGAUUUCGUUGGAGCCCUUCAGGUCUUCGAGACGGCUCUGGCCUGCGGUACAGCAGAUGGCAUGGUUCGGCUCUGGGAUCUUCGAAGUGGUCAAGUGCAUCGAAGUCUGGUUGGGCACACAGCGGCCGUAACCUGCCUACAAUUCGACGACGUUCAUCUCGUAACAGGCAGUUUGGACAGGAGUAUUCGAAUCUGGGAUCUGCGGACAGGAUCGAUCUACGAUGCCUACGCUUAUGAUAACCCAAUUACGGACAUGAUGUUUGAUACCCGACGGAUCGUCAGCGCUGCCGGCGAGGAUGUUGUAAAGGUGUACGAUAAGGUAGAAGGCAGGCAGUGGGACUGCGGCGCUGGGAUCACCGCAGCAGAGGAGGGCAAACAACCUUCGAUUGUCGAGCGGGUACGCGUAAAGGACGGCUAUCUGGUGGAAGGCCGCCAGGACGGCAUUGUCGCCCCAGCUGGUCAAGUGGCAGAUAUCCUUGAAAGCGAGGCCAAAUUCGCUGAUUUCGCAGAGGGCGAAGCGACUCGGCAAUUAUUAGAACGGCAAGCCAGAAAUAUUUCACAAGCCCACAGGUCAUUGCAGUCCCAGGAUAGCACAGGUUCAAAUGACGGCGUCAAUCUUAAGCUUGUCGCCAAGAGAUUAGACGACGUCUCAUCCAUUGCCAUGUCCAAGUUCUACUCUUACAGAUAUGACCAAGUUCCGGAAUUUUGGAGGCACAUAUAUACCGAGGCGUUAGCUUUGAAAACGCACUACCAUUUGUUGGUCUCAGUCUCUGAGAGGUCGGGUGUCUCUGAGGAAACUUUUGACCUGAUGGUUGAGACCCUCGAUAGGGCUCUGAUUACAACUGGAGGGCACGGAAAGUAUUUGAAUCCAAAAUGGAUCGAAGAUACGAUAUCAUGCCUGGGCCUUUUAUGGAGGGAGGGCCAAAAGACAACCGAGGGGCAUUCAGCGAAACAACCCGAAAAUGACACCGGCAAGUCCGAGUUCCCUUUGACGGAACCAUACGGCCGGCCGGUUCUACGAAAGGACAGGGAAUGCCCUCGCCAUCCGGGCUGGACGCUCGAGAAAUUCGAGAACUGCAUCAACUCCGGGGUCGAUCCUCAACCCAUGGUCUUCCCGAAUCUGAUAUGCGACUGGCCGGCGCUCCAGGACUGUCCCUGGAAGAGCAGAGACUACCUCCUCUCCAAGACCCUAGGCGGCAGGCGUCUCGUCCCGGUAGAGGUAGGCCGCAGCUACGUGGACGACGGCUGGGGCCAGGAGCUCAUACCCUUCAGAGACUUCCUGAGCAAGUAUAUUGCCCCCCAGGAAGCAGAAACUGAGGAAGGGAAUCCAGUUGGGUAUUUAGCCCAGCAUGACCUCCUGCGUCAGAUCCCCGCCCUUAGGAACGACCUGCUCGUGCCGGAUUUCUGCUGGUCGGAUGCCCCCAAGCACCCCAGCGAACCGGCAAUGGACCAUCCCACCUUAGAUACGCCGCAGCUCAAUGCGUGGUUCGGGCCGGCAAAGACAAUCACGCCGCUGCACACGGACGGCUAUCACAAUAUCCUCUGCCAGGCCGUGGGGACCAAAUAUCUGCGGCUCUACCCACCAUCCGCUACAUCUGCCAUGAGGCCACGGCCACCGGAGCACGGGGUGAACAUGAGCAACACGAGUGCGCUGGACGUUGGGGUCCUUGAAGGGUGGGAUCCGCUUCCGGAGGGCAUGGAUGAGAGAAUGUUGGAAGAGGUAAGAGAGGAACUGAAGGGUGUUGAGUAUACAGAGUGCAUUCUUGGGCCAGGGGAUGCCCUAUAUAUACCAAUCGGAUGGUGGCAUUACGUCCGGAGCUUAAGUAUCAGUUUCAGUGUCAGCUUUUGGUGGAAUUGA